AAGCAUAUCUUAAGCAUCAGACUCAAGUAAGAGUUAUGCUAUUCGACAUUACCAUAAAAUGACGUAUCUAAUUGGAAGCACUUAAUGGAGAGGGAAGUCAGCGACCGUUACACAAAACGAAUGAAGCAUAACAUGGCAUAUCAGGAACAAGCUUUAGAAGAGGAUGAAUUGUAUGAAGAAGAGGAAUCCUUUUUUCAAGAUAUAGAUCUACUGCAAGAACAUGGCAUUAAUGUUGCAGAUAUUAAGAAAUUGAAAACUACAGGGAUAUGUACUAUUAAAGGUCUUCAAAUGACAACUAAAAAGAAGUUAGGUUCUAUAAAAGGUCUUUCUGAAGCUAAAGUAGAUAAAAUUAAAGAGGCAGCAUCAAAGUUAAGUAGCAAUAUAUUUUUGACUGCCCUUGAAGCUUCUCAGAAACGAAAAUUGGUUUUUAAAAUUAGUACUGGUAGUGAAGAACUUAACAAACUUUUAGGUGGUGGAAUUGAAAGCAUGGCUAUUACUGAGGCUUUUGGAGAAUUUAGAACAGGGAAAACACAACUUGCUCACACACUUUGUGUUACAUGCCAAUUGCCAGGAGCUAAUGGAUAUUCAGGAGGAAAGGCCAUGUUCAUUGAUACAGAAAAUACAUUCCGCCCUGAUCGUUUAAAAAGCAUUGCUGACCGUUUUAAUUUGGAUCAUGAAGCAGUAUUAACUAAUGUUCUUUAUGUUCGAGCAUUUACCAGUGAACAUCAAAUGGAAAUUUUAGAUUUAGUUGCACUAAAGUUUCAUGAUGAAGGAGGUGUAUAUAAACUUUUGGUUAUUGAUUCAAUAAUGGCUUUGUUUCGUGUUGAUUUUUGUGGCAGAGGAGAAUUAGCAGAUCGACAACAAAAACUUGCUCAGAUGCUAUCAAAAUUGCAAAAGACAUCUGAAGAAUAUAAUGUAGCAGUAUUUGUAACAAAUCAGAUGACUGCAGAUCCAGGAGCAUCUAUGAGUUUUCAAGCUGAUCCUAAGAAACCAAUUGGUGGGCAUAUACUGGCUCAUGCAUCCACAACUCGAAUUUCUCUUCGAAAAGGCAAAGGGGAAAUGAGAAUAGCUAAGAUUUAUGAUAGUCCUGAUUUGCCUGAAGAAGAAGCAACAUUUGCCAUAACUACAGGUGGUAUAGCAGAUGCAAAAGAAUAAUGAACAAAUAAAAUAACUUAAUGAUUAAAAGAUGAUGUAAUUAUUGAUAGAUCCUUGGAUUUGCUCAAAUGUUUGGGAUACACUGGACAUUAUUAAAGAAUUACUAAUUUAUUAAUUCUUGGCCUAUGAAAGAG